CAUUAUUAACAAUUGCAUCUUUUGGUCUAUUAUUUUCUGUAACUAGGAUUGAAUUAAUGAUUUUAGCUACAUCUAUAUCAGUAUUUGUAAGAGUUGUUAUAAAUUUGGAAUCUGAUAAGAAAGAAAAAACUUUACAUAGUGAAUCAUGUUGA